GUGGGUUGGGGUGGUGUUUGGUACCAAUGCAAUAACGGGACUCAGGGAGCAAGAGGAUUAUUAAUCUCGGGGUAACAGCGGGGCACAUCAAAGGGAAAAGUUGCGACUUUGUUGUGUUUGUGUAAUACAGAUCAAAGGGUAAAGGUGUGUGUGUGUAUGUGUGUGUCUGUAUGUGUUUGUGUGUGUGUGUGAGAGAGAGAGAGAGAGAUAGAGAGAGAGACCGUGUCCAGUUAUAGACUCGGAAUAGAGGCGCUUUGAAGGAUUAUAGCGAGUCGCUGUUUGGAGACAAUGGACUCUCUCCGCCAUCAGCAGCGCCUCCAGCCCGGGGUGGGAUACGGAUCCACACUGAGAGCCGCGCUCAGGCCCGGAGUCACCGGAACCGGAACCGUGGCCAGCUCCGGGCCUCCGCCGCCGCUCCCUCCGCUCCACAGCCUCAGCGCCGGAUUCAUGAGCCACGCCGGACUCGGAGCUCCGGAGGCGGCCACAAACCCCGCCGUGCUGCGGGAGGCGGUAGACGCGGUGGUGCGGAGCUUCGCCAAGCACACGCAGGGAUACGGCAGGGUGAACGUGGUGGAGGCUCUGCAGGAGUUCUGGCAGAUGAAACAAUCUCGAGGAGCCGAGCUGAAGAACGGAGCGCUGGUGGUGUAUGAGAUGGUUCCUUCUAACAGUCCUCCAUAUGUCUGCUACGUCAGUCUCCCUGGGGGCAGCUGCUUCGGGAGCUUUCAGUUUUGUCCGACGAAAGCUGAAGCGAGACGCAGUGCAGCCAAAAUAGCACUAAUGAACUCUGUGUUUAACGAGCAUCCGUCACGCAGGAUCACAGACGAGUUCAUCGAGAAGAGCGUGUGUGAAGCUCUGGCCUCCUUCAACGGAAACAGAGAGGAAGCGGAUAACCCCAACACGGGAAUCGGAGCGUUCCGCUUCAUGCUGGAGUCUAACAAGGGCAAAUCCAUGCUGGAGUUCCAGGAGCUGAUGACGGUUUUCCAGCUGCUGCACUGGAACGGAAGUCUGAAAGCCAUGAGAGAGAGACAGUGCUCUCGCCAGGAGGUGUUGGCUCAUUACUCUCACCGCGCUCUGGACGAUGAUAUGAGGACGCAGAUGGCGGCGGAUUGGGUGAACCGUGAGCACGGCGUGUCAGGCAGCGUGGCGCGAGAGCUGGCGGCCACCGAGCGAGAGCUGGAGGAGGCGCGACUCGCUGGGCGAGAGUUACGCUUUUAUAAAGAAAAAAAGGACAUCUUGGUCAUGGCACUGGGGCAACUGGGGGGCUCGAACACCACCACACUGCCCCUGAGCUGCUAAAGGGACCGGUUACAUCGGUGACGGACUAUGUAAUGUCCACACACACACACACACACACACACACACACACACACACACAAUAAACAAAGCUUAUAGUACAUUUCCUAUCAAAGUCGGUGCUACAUGAGUUUAUUUCAUUUAGAAAACCUAACAGCCACAAAAAAGUGCAAUCCAUCACUUUUUCCCAAAUAUCACUUUUUACAUUCGUCAUCACAGCGUACGUCUGUAAAAACAACAAAAAACCAACAAAUGGAGGUUAAUCCUGUGAUUAUUUUUUUAAUACGAUUUAUGUGUGUUUUAUAUAUAAAUCUGUACGGAUGUUAUGACGUAUUACUCAUAUGACCUGUGCAAGUGAUUUCCUGUAGCGUAGAGACGUCGAUGGCUUGUGUCUGGAAAUCCGUUUUAUAUACAGCGUUACUGAAUUUUAUAUAACAACAGCCUUUUCCUUUUAUACCAGCGUUUUAUUACGUAACUAUUUGUGACCAAUCAAUAUCCUGUUCUCUUUGUAGAUUUAUAUUCUUUAAAUAAUAAAAACAUUUUACAGUA